AUGUCGUCUCGCGUGGGAUUCCGCUUCGUUAACAACGCUCGCUUUGCGUUUCGCAAUGCCACCGGGCCUUUCCGCCGGUCGGGCGCCCAGGGUUUCCGUUUCCAGAGCUCCGAGGCCGGAGCUGCUCCAGAGCAGAGCACCUUCCAACGCCUGUGGAACAGCCCCGUGGGUGUGAAGACUGUCCACUUCUGGGCCCCCGUGAUGAAGUGGGCUCUGGUUGUGGCCGGUAUCUCUGACAUGGCCCGUCCAGCUGAGAAGCUCUCCCUUACCCAGAACGUCGCUCUGAUGGCCACCGGAGCUAUCUGGACCCGCUGGUGCUUCAUCAUUAAGCCCCGUAAUAUUCUGCUCGCCGCUGUCAACUUCUUCCUUGGCUGCGUUGGUGCCAUCCAGGUCGGCCGUAUCUACCUCUGGCGCCGCAGCGUCGAUGGAUCUGCCGUCGAGGCUGCCAAGGAUCUCGAGGGCGAUCUCGUUGACUCCGCCAAGGGUGUUGCCGCUUCCGUCGAGAGCACCGUGAAGGAGGUCAAGAAGUCCGCUUAG